UCUCAAGGUGAGAAUCGAUUAAUCAGACAUCAAACUUACCUCCUAGGUACUAAUCUAACCGAGAGAACUGAAUAUAAUCUUAUUUGCAUCUCGUUUAUACUAUACUUCGUUUAGCAUCUGUUUGGCUUAUUUCAUUUCGUUAGGUCCUUUUAACUUAUCACUUUACAUCUAUUAUUAGUUCCUGCAUCAUCCCGUCUUACGUCUACAGAUAUUCAAUCUAAAUAAAUCCACUUCGAACCUCCUUUUUAAACAUCCACCAUGGCUCCCCAAUCUCAACAACCCCCAUCUUCACUCACAACGCCACCCCCCAAUGUCCCAGAUACCCUAAUAUCCUUCCCGAGCCCACACGUCCUGCUCGUAGCACUCAACCGCCCACAACAGCUCAACGCGAUCCCGCGCCCGCAGCACUUCGCCCUCGAGCGCCUGUGGGACUGGUACGAUGCGGAGCCUUCGCUACGCUGCGCCGUUAUUACCGGCUCCGGCAGGGCCUUCUGCGCGGGCGCAGACCUGAAGGAAUGGGAUUCUCUCAAUUCUUCUUCCUCCGGGGAACAGGCGGUUUCGGCGGCAGAGGAGCACGGUCGACAGAACAAGCGCUUCCCGCCCGGCGGUUUUGGCGGCAUGAGUAACCGCGGCGGGCUAAAACCUAUCAUCGGCGCUGUUAACGGCAUCUGCUUCGGCGGCGGCAUGGAGAUGGCGAUUAAUUGCGACUUGGUCGUCGCGGCUGCGUCGGCGAGUUUCAGCCUGCCCGAGGUUACUAUCGGGGUCAUCGCGCUGGCGGGAGCAUUGCCCCGGCUCGCGCGUAGCGUGGGCAAGCAGCGGGCCUCGGAGAUGGCGCUUGGCGGGAAGAAGUACGGCGCAAAGGAGAUGCUGGCGUGGGGGCUGGUGAACGAAGUCGUGGAGGGCGAUGGUAGAGCUGUGCUGGCGAAGGCGCUGGAAUGGGCGCAGCGUAUCGCGGGGAAUAGUCCCGAUGCGGUUAUCGUGUCGCGCGAGGGGUUGAAGUUAGGUUGGGAGGGGGUAGGGCCGGAGCAGGCGACGGAUGUUUUGCUCAAGGGCUGGUUUGGACGUAUAGAAAAGGGGGAUAAUGCGGUUGAGGGCGUGAAGAGCUUCGUCGAGAGGCGGAAGCCGGUUUGGAAGAAUAGUAAGUUGUGAGUGUAAUUGUUGAGUUAUUUUUUAAGAAUUAGCUAGGUACCUAGGAUCUCGGGAUGUUUUAUGUAGUUUCACUUCGGAGCCAAGAGCAAUUAUCAAUUACAAAUGAUGAUCUUAUAAGGUUUUCCUAA